AAACCAAUCGCUUUGAGGAAUGACUCUCUCUGUAGUAGAGUAACUUUGAGAAAGGAAGCCCGAGCGUACCGCUUUACCUAUCCACUUGGUGGGUAACCGAAGUCGAUUGCGUGUCCUGAUCACGAAGCAAAGAUUUAUUGCGCCUUACCACUGCACUGCCGGUCGCCCGGUCGAAGUGACGAAUUCCCAAGGAACUUUGGGAAAAAAGCUGCUAUCCUUUUCGACGAGCUCCUUCGUCAGAGGACACGGCAGCAAUCCUCGUGGUGAUCACGAUCAAGAGAUUUUCCCGUAAAAUAUGCGUGCUUCCCGCGAUAAUUAAUUUCGGCCUGUUCUCCGAGUAGUUUCGAUCGGACGCUCUCAAGAAAUAAGAAAAGAAGGUGAGCGCGCUUGAAGAGCCUAAAGAACGGCGGGUCUACGUGAGGUUCAAAGCGCAGGUGCCUAUACGUGUGUCGCGCCGGCACAUCAGGAUAAAUCCGUGCUAUUACGUAACUCCUCGCUCACCCCUUUGACACGCACACGCACGCGCACGCGCACACGCCCGACGAACCCUGGGCUCUGCGUGCGCGCGCGUGGAGGCUAAGCUACGUGUCGCACGCUCGCCUCAACGCGUCUUUGCCGUGCAGGAAGCUCGCGGCUCGAAGCUACCGCGUUUGGCGCUCCGAUUGGUGCUGUGUCGUCGCACGAGUCAUCGCCGUGAAGCUUCAGUGAGGCCAACUGCAUUGUUUUGCGACUCGACUAAAUAUAUACAUGGCGCGAUCCACGACUGCUUGGCUAGGGCACAAAGACCGAGUCACGUGCCGUCACACUUUUCACGUUUUCCCACUGCCGGGGUUGCGAAUAACGAGAAGCCGUCGGAGCCGUCGGAGCCAUCGGAGCCAUCCCAGCGCGCUGGCCUCUCUAUCGAUCUCCGAUCACGGAGUCGGCGGGUACCGCGUCGAUUGGGACAGGAACGACGCUGCUGCUGAUUUUGAAGUGGCCUCGCGGCAGGGCAGGAGGUUUCUGCUUUUGCUUGAUGAUUCCGAUUAAAGUGUCGCGCCACCUUUGGCAUCCUACGUACACUGGUAGUAUACUGGCCAGCUUGAAGCUGAAGGUGCGAGUGGCGAGUGGGGACGCAUGCCGAGGCGGCCACCAGUCCAGUUUUAAUUCCUGACGUGGGUAGCAUUGGACGCGUCGAUAAUAUCGUCGACGGAGGAACUAGGGGUUCGGUGAGCGUCGGUAGAUCGCCAGGUGGGCGCGUGACGACGCCGACGUCGGGAGCGUCAUCGCUGACGUCACGUAUACGCCCCCGCCUGACAUCGACCGUCGCUCAAGACGUCACACCUCUCCAAGGACGACGCUAUUUCAGGCAGCGUAGACUCUGUCGACGUCGACGUCUCCGUCACGCGACUCGUCCAGUUGUCCAAACGCGAACGUCGGAGCACCGCAGACUCAUCGGGAGAAGCGAAGAGACGUUUUUGGCAGUGAGCGUUAAAAUUGGCGAAUUGCGUCUCUCGACAGGCGAGUUCUUCUUCGGCGAUUGGCAGGUGCGCUACUGAGCGCGUCCGCGAGUGAGUGCCGUUUAAUGGUUCUGGUGUUACCUUAACGCGUGGAAGGUGCUUAAGAGUGCGAGCGAGUGAGCGCGUCAGACGGGAUAAGGGCUCGAGAGAGAGAGAGAGAGAGAGAGAGCAGGGAAUGAUCGAUGCUUCUGCGGUGGACGACUGGCGAGCACGUACAAAGUCAAGUGGAAGAGCAGCACUCCGUGUGGUUGUGUGGCUGUGUGGUUCUAUAUCAAGCUGGUCAGGACUGCAGCAGCCAAGGCUUAACUCACGCAACCUCCACAUCCUCAAUGCCAGUUCCCAGGGCAGUUGCAUUCGCCUGGUGGCGACAGCGACAAUAGCAACGGCAGCCAACGGGCCGUAGUCGUCGCUCGUACGGAGCUAGAGCAGCAGCAACAGCAACAAGAAUUGCACCAACGGCAACGUCAGCGACAGCUUUCCUCGGCUAUACUCACAUGUGCUAAUCACCCGAGCAAUACGACCACCACCACAGCCUUCACAGUUGCUUCAAGUAUGCUCCUGUUGCAGACGCAGAGUCCAUUUGGAUGUAGCAGCUUUGCCGAUCUGCUGACAGCCCCGUACACGGACUCUGCGGACGCAGGAAGUCUGCCCGAGGAGUUGGAUCCAUUUCCGGAACUUCAACUGGGAAAUCCUCACGGCGUCUCCGCCACGGUCGUCCCGAUCCAAUCGGAGCCGAACGCUCACCACCAGCUUCACCAGCAGGAGCAGUCUCCCCUACCGGAAGACGUGCAGACGGAUUCCCUCAGUCCAACGCCGCUCCCCAGCUUCCAGGAGACGUACACGGUGCAACGAUACACCAGGCAGGAGCUCCAGGGUCUUGGAAUCAAGAUGGACGACGACUGCUACAAUCCCAUGUAUCCUUGCACCAGUCCUUAUCCUGCCGAGUAUUCGUCGCUUCCCUAUCAUCAACAUCAUCAUCAUCAUCAGCAGCAGCAGCAGCAGCAACAACAACCACCGCCACCACCGCCGCCACCACCUCCACCUCCGACGCAACAACAUCACCACCACCAUCCUCAUCAUCAUCAACAGCAACAGCAACAUCAUCAGCAUCACAGCCAAGGUUACUUCGGCACGGAAUCCGCCGCCACGGCAGCGCAGCCUCCUACGAAUCCUCAGGAGCCUUCGUACCCGGCUAUUCCUGUCGUUUACGCUCCUCCGGCGGUCGUCGCGAGUCCCGUUGCUUCCGCCUCCGUACCGUCUGACCUUCACGCAGCCGUGUCUACGGGGACACCCCGACCACGUCGCGCGUCCUUACCUCCACAGCGAUCAGAGUCCACCAGUAGCAACGAGUCGCCGAAAGCACGUGGUGCCAGUUCCGUAAGUUCCGUGGGAUCAGCCUCACCGGCCAGUGGCGGUGAACGGGCCCCUCCUAGUCCGAGUCAGUUGUGCGCGGUGUGCGGCGACACUGCGGCGUGCCAACAUUACGGAGUGCGCACCUGCGAAGGGUGCAAGGGCUUCUUCAAGAGGACUGUCCAGAAGGGUUCCAAGUACGUGUGCCUUGCGGAGAAGGCAUGUCCGGUCGACAAGAGGCGACGGAACCGCUGUCAGUUCUGUCGCUUCCAAAAGUGUCUGACGGUCGGAAUGGUUAAGGAGGUGGUCAGGACGGAUUCCCUGAAGGGCCGCCGAGGUAGACUCCCGUCGAAGCCCAAGUCCCCGCAAGAGUCGCCUCCGAGUCCACCGGUGUCCCUGAUCACGGCGCUCGUACGAGCCCACGUGGACACGACGCCCGACCUCGCGAACCUCGACUACUCCCAGUAUCAGGAACCAGCACCUGGCGACCCACCGGUCACGGAGGCCGAGAGGAUUCAGCAAUUCUACAACCUACUGACCACCUCCGUCGACGUGAUACGCAACUUUGCCGAUAAGAUUCCCGGAUUCUCGGAGUUGACACGAGAGGAUCAGGAGCUGCUCUUCCAGUCGGCCAGCCUUGAAUUGUUCGUCCUGAGGUUGGCGUAUCGCACGAGGGCCGACGACACCAGGUUGACAUUUUGUAACGGCAUGGUCCUGGCCAGGGCUCAGUGUCAACGCAGUUUCGGCGACUGGCUGCACAGCAUCCUCGACUUCUGCCAGGCCCUCCACGUUCUGGACGUCGACAUCAGCGCCUUCGCCUGCCUCUGCGCCCUCACUCUCAUCACUGAAAGACACGGGCUUAGGGAGCCGCACCGAGUGGAACAGCUGCAGAUGAAAAUAAUAUCAUCCCUUCGCGAUCACGUAACGUACAAUGCGGAGGCCCAGAGGAAGGCGCACUACCUGUCCCGACUGCUCGGUAAGCUGCCGGAAUUGCGAAGCCUCUCGGUCCAAGGACUUCAGCGAAUUUUUUACCUCAAGUUGGAGGACUUGGUUCCGGCGCCUCCAUUCAUCGAAACCAUGUUUGUCGCCAGUCUACCUUUCUAAGCCUCCGCAGUAACCUAGAACAAUUCAUUCGUACCUUAAUUGUACCCCCUGUAAGCUUUUCCCCCCCCCUUAUGACUCUGUCGUAAUUCGUUUUCCCACUCGUACUCGUUAUAUACUCGUACUCCUCUCACCGUCGUCGUCGCUGCUAUUUCUCCGUUUCCCGUUUCCGUUGCUGACGCUCCUGGAGCUCCUCGUGCUUCUGGCUUCUACGAUCACUGUCAGAUGAGUACGAGUGUAUUACUAAUGUGUGUCUGUGAUAGGGCAAUGAUGGAUACUUUUAAUUAUUAAGGACGACACAGGCGAUGCCGCAGCGAUUUCUUGCUCUAUCGAGAGAAAAUUGGAAGUCACGUAACCACGCGAUCCUCCUAUUCUCUCUCUCUCUCUCUCUCUCUCUCUCUCUCUCUCUCUCUCUCUCUCUCUCUCUCUCUCUCGCCUUCCCCUUCCGUUCCCUCCGCUUCAGCUCCCUGACGAAUCCUCUACCGAUGCAAAUUCUCGAAUUUCAGCGUCCCGCCUAGCCAUAAACGCGACUAAUAUGACGUCAUUAGAAAGUACAGCCCGAUUUAUUAGCCUAGUCGUAUCGCGCGCCGUGGUCCUUGAUUUUUAUGUCCUCGUCACACGAGAGAUCGCUGGGAGGAUCCCAUCCCGUGGAAUUUCAUUCUCUUGCGCUAUUUAUGGACGACUCGACCGAUUAUCGAUACGUCCCUGAGAUCCGGCUAUUCCGUAGUCCGUUCACGAGUUGGAUGUACUUUUUUGACAGUCGACAAACAAUGCAAUUCACACGUGGAUUUCCAUAAGGUUACGAAAACAUGUGCUAAGGUAGAAAAAUAAUAUAUAAAAAAUGGUAUGCAGAGCCACGUGUGGCUUGCCAGAGACUUGGUUGUUUUCGAUCUGUCGAGAAAACACGUCUUGACCCGUGGACCGAUUAAAUAUCAUUUCCAGAAGAAGAUUAGGAUUGGGAUGACGCUUCCGGUCGAUAUAAUUGAUCGAUCGGUUAUUGUUUAAAAUCCUUGAUCACGAGAACAAAUUCGAAAAUUAACGGACACCGUAAUUGCUCGCUUUUUUUUUGGUAAAACAUCCGGUCGACCGGUUCGCAUCACGCGACGUUCCACGACGCUGUUGCCGAAGAUCCUUCCUUCGAAAGUGUCGUCUCCCCUCGCUCCCUCUCGCUCCCUCUCACCCGCACCAUAUCCGAUUCUCUUUCCGCGAGCGAAUCAACAAUCGUUAACAUAUCAGUGCUGAGCAUUGACUGCUGGGGGAGCAAAGGACGCUGCUCUUUCACAUUCUUUCUCAUUCGGCGCAACGUUCUUCUCGAUCGAAACUUUUCCUACUGACUCGAGAAGGGACGGAAAGAGUCAUGGAUAGAAAAAGAAUUUUCGAGAUUCGAUCGACUCAAGUAUUCUAUACAGUAAUAUAUAAUCGCGUGCGGAGAAAGAAAUCUGGUGGAGCCGGAGUUGCCUUCAGGAUGAGAUCUCUCUUUGCAUCACGUAUGUUAAAUUGUCACGAAACUUUCUUACUAUUUCUAUUACUCUUGAUACGUACUGCUAUCGAUGAGCGUCUCGUCGUGUGGAGAUAAUUUAAGCGCCUUAUAGAUCAAUGCAUUUCGUUAGGACGUUCCCCAUCCGAACCCUCGUGAAUCGUGGACGGAUCGAUCGAUCGCUCCACUGCUAUACUCAUACGUUUAUGUGAUUUUAGAGACUUAAGGAUAAACGGUCUCGUCUCGUCUCGCGAGCCGCCGCCCAAGGAUUCACGGAUAUCGACAGACAACUCGGGUCGGCUGUGUUCCUUCUCUCUCUCUCUCUUACCUUGCCCAGUUUUUUGACUCUCAACUGGUGAGAAUAAUUCGUGAUAAUGGAUCGAGACGAGUCCGGCGUCAAGUUACCUAUUACGUUAUGGUGUUACUUUUAAUUAAACUAACAUAGACAGUAUCCUAGUUUAUGCGUGUAGCAAUACCAUAUUUGUUACUAUUACUAUUUACUAGCAACUAUCGUUACUACUACUGAUACUAUUACUAAUUACUUCUACUACCGCUGCUGCUGGUGCUGUUGCUGUUGCUGCUGCCACCCACGCCGACCGGCAAGCCAGCAACCUCCUCAUCGUUAUGUUGUCGUGACCGAUCAUCGUCCAUAAGAAAUGUCAGAAUUCUCAUAAUACCUUUAUAUUUAAGAUAAAAUCGUUUCUGGUGUCAAGGAUACUUGGCAGCCACUAUACCUACCGAUUUCAAUGAUUAGCGGGCAACUCUCGCUACAGCCAAUUACCGUUAACUAUUACGUAUCAUUGUUCGCUAUUCCUAGUGCAGUAAUGCUACACUUACGACACUGUAAUGGAGAUUGUUCUUGCCAUUGCUAUUAUUGCCUUUAUUGCCAUUAAUACCACGACCAGUACCUAUGCGUAUUCCGCAACUAUAGCACUCUAAAGGAGUGCGUUCUAUGGAAGAGGAAGGAUAUUUAACAGUACAGUAGAGAAGGUGUCUGCUCCUUAAUAAUUAAAUGCAAUAACGUCCCACACGAUAA